AUGUAUGAUCAAGCACCACGUACAUUACAUCAAACACUAGGAUCUACAUUAGAUCACGUUGGUCCUGGUACAUAUGAUCAUCGGCGAAAGAAAGCAAAUGACGAAGGUUAUGCUCCAUUUUUAUCACUUGCAAAUCGUGGACAAAUAUUUUCAAAUGAUGAAAAUCCUGGUCCUGGUCAUUAUGAUUUACGAAAUUCAAAUGUAAUCACAGUUAAAAAUUAA